GACAGGCACCAGAUGACAGCAGGAAGAAGCCAAAGGGCACAAGUGUGUGUGCUCUUCAAGCAACUUGCCUUCCCCUUCAACUAACAAGGCCCUUGGGACUCAUAGGAUCCUGCCUAGGGAGCUGUGGAGAAUUGCUGGGUGUCACCUCCCUUGACCAGAUUUCGUCAGAGGCCCAGAUACAAGCAUUUGGGGUUCAGAAGCUGCUGGAAGGGCCGUCCUGUGCUCCCCCUCCCCCGCAUAGUGAUUUGAGCCAAGUUGACUGCUAAGGCGUACGGCUGUCUGUCAUUCCAUCUGUCCACCGUGACCCAGGAGCAUCCGUAGAGCGAGGGAAGGAGGGGAACAUGGUGUAAGACACCCUCCAACCACAUAGGAAGCACAGCUCGCAGGUGUCUGCAGUAUCGGGUCCACCAUGGCCUCUGCUGACAAGGAUGGCAGCAACCUCUCUUCUGUGUCUGGUAGCCGCCUGCAGAGCCGGAAGCCACCCAACCUCUCCAUCACUAUCCCUCCGCCUGAGGCCCAAGCCCCCAGCGAGCGGGAUAGCAUGCUUCCUGAGAGACCUAAGAACCCAGCCUACCUGAAGAGUGUCAGCCUCCAGGAACCCCGACAUGGCACCGAGAAACGCCCCGGCUUCCGCCGUCAGGCUUCCCUGUCCCAGAGCAUCCGCAAGGGCACGGCCCAGUGGUUUGGGGUCAGUGGCGACUGGGAAGGCAAGCGACAGAACUGGCAGCGUCGCAGUCUGCACCACUGCAGCGUGCACUACGGCCGGCUCAAGGCCUCGUGCCAGAGAGAACUGGAGCUGCCCAGCCAGGAGGUGCCCUCCUUCCAGGGCACUGAGUCUCCAAAACCCUGCAAGAUGCCCAAGAUUGUGGAUCCCCUGGCCCGGGGUCGGGCCUUCCGCCACCCAGAUGAGGUGGACCGGCCUCACGCUCCCCAUCCACCUCUGACUCCAGGGGUCUUGUCCCUCACGUCCUUCACCAGCGUCCGCUCCGGCUACUCCCACCUGCCCCGCCGCAAAAGGAUAUCCGUUGCCCACAUGAGCUUUCAGGCAGCUGCCGCCCUCCUCAAGGGGCGCUCGGUGCUGGACGCCACAGGGCAGCGGUGCCGGAAUGUCAAACGUAGCUUUGCCUACCCCAGCUUCCUGGAGGAGGAUGCUGUCGAUGGAGCGGACACCUUCGACUCCUCCUUUUUUAGUAAGGAAGAAAUGAGUUCCAUGCAUGAUGAUGUAUUUGAGUCUCCUCCACUCUCUGCUAGUAACUUCCGAGGGGUCCCACACUCCGCCUCCCCAGUCUCCCCUGAUGGAGUGCAAAUCCCUCUGAAAGAGUACAGCAGUCGAACCCCCGUUCCUGGGACCCAGCGCGGCAAGCGCAUUGCCUCCAAAGUAAAGCACUUUGCGUUUGACCGGAAGAAGCGGCACUACGGCCUGGGUGUCGUGGGAAACUGGCUGAACCGCAGCUACCGCCGCAGCAUCAGCAGCACGGUGCAGAGGCAGCUGGAGAGCUUUGACAGCCACCGGCCUUACUUCACCUACUGGCUGACGUUUGUCCACAUCAUCAUCACCCUGCUGGUGAUCUGCACCUACGGCAUUGCGCCUGUGGGCUUUGCCCAGCAUGUCACCACACAGCUGGUGCUGAAGAACAGAGGUGUGUACGAGAGUGUGAAAUACAUCCAGCAAGAGAACUUCUGGAUUGGCCCCAGCUCGAUUGACCUGAUCCACCUAGGAGCAAAGUUCUCACCCUGUAUCCGCAAAGACCAGCAAAUUGAGCAGCUGGUGCAGAGGGAGCGUGACGUUGAGCGAGCCUCAGGCUGCUGUGUCCAGAAUGACCGCUCGGGUUGUAUCCAGACCCAGAAAAAAGACUGCUCGGAGACUUUGGCCACUUUUGUGAAGUGGCAGAAUGAUACUGGGCCCCCAGAUAUCUCUGAUCAGGGCCAGAAGCAGCCAUCAGCGGUUGUGUGCCACCAAGACCCCAGGACCUGUGAGGAGCCAGCUUCCAGUGGGGCCCACAUCUGGCCUGAUGAUAUUACCAAGUGGCCAAUCUGCACAGAGCAGGCCCAGAGCAACCACACGGGGUUAUUGCACAUAGACUGUAAGAUCAAAGGCCGCCCCUGCUGCAUCGGCACCAAGGGCAGCUGUGAGAUCACCACUCGGGAGUACUGUGAAUUCAUGCAUGGCUAUUUCCACGAGGAGGCAACACUCUGUUCCCAGGUGCACUGCUUGGACAAGGUGUGCGGGCUACUGCCUUUCCUCAACCCUGAGGUCCCUGACCAGUUCUACCGGAUCUGGCUGUCUCUAUUCCUGCACGCGGGCAUAGUGCACUGCCUUGUGUCUGUGGUCUUCCAAAUGACCAUCCUGAGGGACCUAGAGAAGCUGGCCGGUUGGCACCGUAUCUCCAUCAUCUUCAUUCUCAGUGGCAUCACCGGCAACCUGGCCAGCGCCAUCUUCCUCCCCUAUCGGGCAGAGGUGGGCCCAGCUGGGUCACAGUUUGGCCUCCUUGCCUGCCUCUUUGUGGAGCUCUUCCAGAGCUGGCAGCUGCUGGAGCGACCGUGGAAGGCCUUCUUCAACCUGUCGGCCAUUGUGCUUUUCCUCUUCAUCUGUGGCCUCCUGCCCUGGAUAGACAACAUCGCGCACAUCUUCGGCUUCCUCAGCGGUAUGCUGCUGGCCUUUGCCUUCCUGCCAUACAUCACCUUCGGCACCAGCGACAAGUACCGCAAGCGGGCACUCAUCCUAGUGUCGCUGGUCGCCUUCGCCGGGCUCUUUGCCUCCCUGGUGCUGUGGCUGUACAUCUACCCCAUCAACUGGCCCUGGAUCGAGUACCUCACGUGCUUCCCCUUCACCAGCCGCUUCUGCGAGAAGUAUGAGCUGGACCAGGUGCUACACUAACUCGGCAGAAACGGUGUCUGCCCCGGGCCAUGUGCCUGCAGAGACUUGCUGACCGCAGGGCCCCGAGCCCAGGGGCUCGCUCUGUAGGCAAGGCUGACUCCAUAUGAAACAGGUAGUAAAGACGGGGUUCCCUAGGGAGAUGAGACCUCCCUUUCUCAGGCCUGAAUGUACCUGACUCGAGUUUGGAGGACAUCCAGGAUACCUGUUUCUUCACGGCUCAGGUCCUAGGCCCUGCCUGCCUCUCUUUCCUUCCCAGGGCUCAGGGCUCUGGCCUGUGCAGGUACCGUCUUCCCGUUGUCACUGUGACUAUGACCUCCCCAGACACACAGCUGCUCCCUCAGUUGUCCCCAGGGUUGAGGUCCCCACCAUGCUGCUACGACCCUUUUCCUGUUUCUCCUCUCCUCCCCGUUCUAUAAGCCCUUCCCUCAUUUGUCCAUGGAGUCACGAGCCUGCUCCUAAGGCUCCCGGACACAGCGUUGUAGGAUAGACUUUGGCCGUUGUCUAGGGGCAAUGACAAGCUAGGAGAGAAGGCUGUACGGGGAUGCUAAGGGCUAUUGUUAAGCAAAGAAGCCAGAUCCCUACGUCACCAGCUCAGCCCCAGCUCCAGCAUCUGUAUCUGGCCUCACAGGUGGGCUCUGAUGCCCGGAUUGUCCCCACCACCUCUGCCUCACUCCUCCCUGUGUGGCCAGGGGCUGAGCCACCUUGAGGACUGACUCCAAGGGAUGCUUGCGGCUGUCGGGCCUGGCGUUUUGUUUGUUUUUCCAAUUUAUAUUAUGGUCCUAAUUUUUUAAAGUAACGCUAACUUUGUAUGGACGAUGUCUCGAGUUUAUUAAAUGGCAUUCUCUAUGAAAAUACUGCUUUUAGUCUCAGGCCUCUGAGGAAAAACA